AAAAAUAGCACUACACCACUGGAUUUGAAGGAAAUUUGCCAGUGCACAGUGCACAGUGCACGGAUUUUGUUCCGUGUCCUAGUGGAGCGUCCUGUCGCCUUGGUAACACGUCCGGGUUGAUAAACGGGUUUUGUUCCGUGUCCUAGUGGAGCGUCCUGUCGCCUUGGUAACACGUCCGGGUUGAUAAACGGGUUUUGUUCCGUGUCCUAGUGGAGCGUCCUGUCGCCUUGGUAACACGUCCGGGUUGAUAAACGGGUUUUGUUCCGUGUCCUAGUGGAGCGUCCUGUCGCCUUGGUAACAGACCCGCUCUCCACACGUCCGGGUUGCGAAAAACAACAAAACAUUUUCACCGUGUAUCAUCUCUCCAUUUAGCUAGCUAGCAAUAUCAAUGUCCGUCUGUUGCUCGGUUAUUUUAUAAUAUUGAUGAUUCGGUGAUAUCCACUCUGUUGUAGGUUAGCAAUCGUAAUGUGUGAGUCAGAGCCGCGGGCUGGGCUAACGGAGGAGGAGGAGAGGAGAGAGGCAGAGCAGCUAGAGACAGAGUUGGAUAAAGACUUAUUCACAGUGUUUGACGGCUCCUCUCCUGAAGAUGUGUAUCACGCCAAGCAGCUGUGGACCUCUCUGUCACUGCUCCCUCCGCUAGAGUCCCGCCUGGUCAACGCCGACAUCCGCCAGAGGCUGCCGAUAGCCCGGACAAAGGAUGAGACAGUUCUGGUAGUCGACACCAAUGCUGCUCUCAAACCAUCCUCUUCUGACCAUAGAGAGAGGCUGCAGGAGGUUUGCCAUCAGAAGCAGAGACAGGAGGAGAGACAGAGAUACUUGGACAUGGUGAGAGGAAACUACCGGGGGUGUGUGUGUGUUAAGAUCAGUAGAGGUGGUAGUGACCCCUGA